GCAAGGUUCGGAACCGAGAGGCAGCGGCGGCGGCGGCGCUGAGAGGAGGGGAGGAGGCAGGCGGGCGCAUGGGGCGCCCCGGCUCCGCCGGCAGCGCGCCCCCUCCGGCCCCGCCGCGCUGAACGCCCCCCAGCGCCGCGCCUCGAACCCCCGCCCCGAGGCCAUGCCGGUCAUGAAGGGGUUGCUGGCCCCGCAAAACACCUUUCUGGACACCAUUGCCACCCGCUUCGACGGCACUCACAGCAACUUCCUGCUGGCCAACGCACAGGGCCCACGGGGCUUUCCCAUUGUGUACUGCUCUGACGGAUUCUGUGAGCUCACAGGCUACGGCCGUACCGAGGUCAUGCAGAAAACCUGCAGCUGCCGCUUCCUCUAUGGUCCGGAGACCAGCGAGCCAGCACUGCAGAGGCUGCACAAGGCCCUGGAGGGCCAUCAGGAGCACCGGGCUGAAAUCUGCUUCUAUCGAAAGGAUGGCUCAGCCUUUUGGUGCCUCUUGGACAUGAUGCCCAUCAAGAAUGAGAUGGGAGAGGUCGUGCUUUUCCUCUUUUCCUUCAAGGACAUCACUCAGAGUGGAGGCCCAGGACUUGGCCCCUCAGGAGGCCAUGGUGACAGUAAUCAUGAAAACUCGGGCGGUUUUGGUAGGAGGGGAGCCAGCUCAAGACUUCGAUCUGCCAGGAGGCAGAGCCGUACUGUCCUACACCGGCUGACUGGCCAUUUUGGCCGCCGGGGCCAGGGAGGCAUGAAAACCAAUAAUAACGUGUUUGAGCCAAAGCCAUCAGUGCCCGAGUACAAGGUGGCCUCCGUGGGGGGGUCCCGCUGCCUCCUCCUCCACUACAGCGUCCCCAAGGCCGUGUGGGACGGCCUCAUCCUCCUCGCCACCUUCUACGUUGCGGUCACCGUUCCCUACAAUGUCUGCUUCUUGGGCGAUGAUGACACCCCCAUCACUUCCCGACACACCCUUGUCAGCGACAUCGCCGUGGAGAUGCUCUUCAUCCUGGAUAUCAUCCUGAACUUCCGCACCACCUAUGUGUCCCAGUCCGGCCAGGUGGUCUCUGCUCCUCGUUCCAUCGGUCUUCACUACCUGGCCACCUGGUUCUUUGUUGACCUUAUUGCUGCUCUGCCUUUUGACCUGCUUUAUGUCUUCAACAUCACCGUGACAUCGCUGGUGCACCUUCUGAAGACGGUGCGGCUGCUGCGGCUGCUGCGGCUGCUGCAGAAGCUGGAGCGAUACUCACAGUGCAGCGCCGUGGUCCUCACACUACUCAUGUCCGUCUUCGCGCUCCUCGCCCACUGGAUGGCCUGCAUCUGGUACGUCAUCGGGCGCCGGGAGAUGGAGGCCAAUGACCCGCUGCUUUGGGACAUCGGUGAGCCACCGACCCCAGGCUUUCCUAUGCCCCUUAUGCAGUUACUGCGUGACUUCCCAGACGAGCUGAGAGCUGACAUCGCUAUGCACCUGAAUCGGGAGAUCCUGCAGCUGCCGCUGUUUGCAGCAGCGAGCAGAGGCUGCCUGCGGGCCCUCUCCCUGCACAUCAAGACCUCGUUCUGCGCUCCAGGCGAGUACCUGUUGCGCCGUGGGGACGCCCUGCAGGCACACUACUACGUCUGCUCCGGCUCGCUUGAGGUGCUUCGAGACAACAUGGUGCUGGCCAUCCUGGGGAAGGGGGACCUGAUUGGGGCAGAUAUCCCUGAGCCGGGGCAGGAGCCUGGGUCAGGGGCAGUCCCAAGCUGCGUGCUGAAGACCAGCGCUGACGUGAAAGCACUGACCUACUGUGGCCUGCAGCAGCUGAGCAGCAGAGGGCUGGCUGAGGUCCUGAGACUCUAUCCUGAGUACGGGGCUGCCUUCCGGGCUGGCCUGCCCCGGGACCUCACCUUCAACCUGCGCCAGGGCUCUGACACCAAUGGCCUCAGCCGCUUUUCCAGAUCUCCUCGCCUCUCCCAGCCCCGCUCUGAAAGCCUUGGCUCCUCCUCAGACAAGACCCUACCAUCCAUCACAGAGGCCGAGACUGGGGUGGAGUCUGGGGGUGGUUCCAGGCCCCGCCGGCCCCUCCUGCUGCCCAACCUCAGCCCAGCGCGGCCCCGGGGCUCCCUGGUCAGCCUCUUGGGCGAGGAGCUGCCCCCAUUCUCAGCCCUUGUCUCCUCCCCUUCCCUGUCCCCAUUCCCUUCCCCUGCCCUGGCUGGCCGGGGCCACAGCCCCUCCCCUCAUGGCCCCCCCAGGGGUUCUGCUGCCUGGAAGCCCCCCCAGCUUCUCAUUCCCCCACUGGGAACCUUUGGACCUCCGGACCUCAGUCCCCGGAUAGUGGAUGGCAUUGAGGACUCUGGCAGCACAGCGGAGGCCCCUACCUUUCGGUUCAGCAGGAGGCAUGAGCACGCUAGGCCCUGCUCACAGGCCCCUCCUUCAGGGACCAGGCCCAGCCAGGAACUGGCCACUGAGGCCGAGGAGAUGAAGGAAAAGGUCUGCAGGCUAAACCAGGAGAUCUCCCGCCUCAACCAGGAAGUGUCUCAGCUGAGCCGGGAGCUUCGACACAUCAUGGGCCUGCUACAGGCUAGGCUGGGUCCCCCAGUCCACCCAGUAGUCUCGGCUCGGCUCCCAGACCCUCCUGGUCCCCAGCUGAGGCCUCCACGCAUCUCACCCUGUCUAUCUGGACCACCGCCCAGCCUCCAGGAUACUACUUUUGCUGAGGUCCACUGCCCAGCCAGUGUGGGGACAGCAGAGAUGGGGGCCGCCCCCUCCAACCUGAGGCUCUCCAUGCUGUCCCCCUUCCCCUCAGAGCCUGAGCCUCUGGGACCUUCCCCAGUGCCAGAGGCCCCAUCCCCGACCCCAAGCCUCAUGCAGCACAGCUUUCGGUCCAGGUCAGACACGUUCCACUGACCCUGGCCCUGGGCCCAGGCCCGUCUGGGGUGGGCACUGCUGCUUACCAUCCAGGGAGGGACUGGGCCCCUUGGCCUCCUGCCUCCGGUCAACAGCCACCGGCUGGUCUGGUUGGCUCUGCAUUCUCGGGACUUUUUAACAAAGCCUGGUUACUUCGGACCCUCUUCCCUUUUCUAAACCUUCCCGUAUCCUUCCCCUCUGUGAGGGGGAGCCACCUGAGGCUGUGGAACCCAACAGGCAUGAGACAGAAUGCAGUGCCGAUCCGGCUGGGCAGAUGACAUGUCCUGCUUUCUCCCCAGGAUCUGGAGGCAGGCUGUCCCUGAAGGUGGUCUUUUCUGCUGCCAGCAACUUGAAACAGUCCCCACGGCACUCCCUACCCCUCCCCUCACCAGACCUCUUCCGAGCCUGUUCUCCCCACACCCAACACGGUCUCACUCAGGGCCCUGACUUCUCACAAACCCACCCUGUUCUCCAGUUCUCCUUUGCCACCCAACACCCAAGGCUCACUUUUGGAUAGGAAAUAAAUGCUUUAUUUUUGUA